GGAAGAGGAAGAGGAAGAACGAUGUAAAGUGUCAUGUGACACUGUCUGACAGAGAGGAGGAAAGCUAAUAUGGCGGUGUGCAUAGCAGUGAUCGCUAAACAGAACUACCCGCUGUAUAUUCGCAGUGUGCCAACUCAAAAUGAGCUGAAGUUUCACUACACAGUGCACACGUCUCUGGACGUGGUGGAGGAGAAGAUCUCAGCAGUGGGUAAAUCCUUGGGAGACCAGAGAGAGCUUUACCUUGGUCUGCUCUAUCCCACUGAAGACUACAAAGUAUAUGGGUAUGUAACCAACUCCAAGGUGAAAUUUGUCAUUGUCGUUGAUUCAUCAAAUACAUCAUUAAGGGACAAUGAAAUAAGAAGUAUGUUCAGAAAAUUGCACAACUCUUUUACUGACGUAAUGUGCAACCCAUUCCACAAUCCUGGUGACCCAAUUCAGUCAAAGACCUUUGAUGGCAUUGUGUCUGGAAUGAUGGUACAAACUGGCUGACAUCCCCUUCACUCCUUCUGCUGAGCUUCCACUGUAUAUAACACCCCUAAUCCUUUGUUUACAAGUUGCCUUGGUAAUUUAAAUGGUCAAGUGUAAUUAAAACCCGAUUGUUGUUGCACAUCACUACAUGUGUCACUUUACUACAAGUGGAGCACUGGAUCAGUAUUUUAUUUAUUCACUUAAGAUAAAGAAUUGAAGUUGCACAUUAGGAGGAUUUAAACAUUACAUAGCAGGCAGCAACACAAAACAUUUGCAAUCAGUAUAUACACAAA